AUGAAUACAGCAAAUGAAGUCAUAAGACACGUCUUAUUGCCCGUAAUACUCGUAUUGCUUGUAAUACCAGUAUUCAUCAGUACAGUGGGUACACAUGUGCUAAGCAAUGAGCCAUUUGAUAACGAAAGCAGGCUGAUAUUCCUGGCAACAUUUGUAGUAGGACAGAUAUCAUACUCACUAAUAACGAGUUCUACAAUUGGAGUCGUCUUCUUCCCAUCUUUGGAUGGCCUGUAUCUGCUCAAGAAGGUGGGAAAGGCGUGUGCUCAAUACGGAAGAAGCAAUAACGUCUUCUGCAACCAAUUAGUUGUCCUCUUCAUCAGCAACUUCACCACUUUUGUGGUAGCUGGACUGAUAGGCGUCUUGAAACUGGGACGAACAGCCUGUAAGAUCCCAUCAUCCGUCAACAUCGCUGUUUGUCUCUACACUGGGCUUCUCUUUGCGAUAUCCCCAGGUGUCUUGUACAAGAAAGAGAACGUCCUUGAAUCAGUUACAAAUAUCCUGGUAACAUGUUUCAUCACCACAGGUGGCCUGAUUCUGUUCAAGAAGUGGACACAGCCGUUGAUAUUGGUUGGAUACAUGCUACUGGUUGGUCUCCUAAUCAACGGAAUACGCCUGUGUUCUGGUAGUCAAACAGUUGAUAAUCUAUUUAUGCAUGACAAAUUAAGCAUGUUUAGCAUAAAAGAAGCCAUUUUCAACAAAUUCGUUGGAUUUGAAUUCAAGGGCGACAUUCUCUCAUCAAACAUCGCAUCUGCACUCACACUCGCAUUCCUGAAUGUUCUGAUCUUUGCCAUCACCAUUCUGCUCUACUCAAAGAAGCUCAAGGCCAAGGUUGACCUGAAUAGGGAAUUUAUUGCAUUUGGAUUUGCGAAUAUGUUCACGAUGAUUUGUCCUGGUAACCUGAACUACGCAUGCAGCCUGCUAUUCGUUCUAUCUGGUAAGACAACCAAGUAUACGGCUGCAUUGACUGGAAUCUGUUCCACCACAGUCUUCUUCACCUACCACCUCAUCCACAGCCACAUUCCAAUAUACCUGGCCCUAUUCAUUCUCCAAUUCAUAGGCGUCUCCUACCUGGUUGAUUACGUCCCACUUCUUGCCAAAUUGCGCCUAUUCGACCUAAUGGUCACGUUGUGUCUGACUGCCCUAAUGCACCUGAACUGUGGCGUAGUCAUUGCAUUCUCAAUCUCCCUCUACCUGGUCAUCCAAACCAGAAUACUGGUUAGUUAUGGAAUUAUUAGAAAGACCCCUUUCAUUUCUGACUGA